ACAGCUAAUUAUUCUGGGAUCCAGAUGGACAGAGAGCACAAAGGGAAUGGCCGGGCACUCGGAAGGCAAGUACUGCUUCUGUCUUUGUUGUCUUUCUGCAGCUGGGCUGCUUCAGAGCAGAUUCAGUAUUCCAUUCCGGAAGAGAUGCCAAAGGGUUUUCUUGUGGGGAAUCUCGCCCAGGAUUUGGGACUGAGUGCCAGAGAACUAGCACUACGCAAUCUACAUGUUGUGUCUGUGGAUCAUAUGCAAUAUUUCACCAUUAGUGCAGAGAAUGGAAAACUCUAUGUAAAUGACAGAAUAGACAGGGAAGGGAUUUGUGACACAACUUCAAAUUGCCUUGUUAAUUUUGAGGCAGUGGUUGAAAACCCCCUGAAUAUUUUCCAUAUAACUGUAGUGAUUGAAGACAUUAAUGAUAAUGCACCAUAUUUUGCAAAUGAAAACAUUAAGUUGGAAAUCAUUGAAUCUAGUUUACCAGGCACGAGGUUUCUUCUUGAGAAAGCUGAAGAUCCUGACAUUGGUAUGAAUUCUCUCCAGAAUUACCAGAUCAACCCCAACCCAUACUUCACUGUAGAAGUUAAAGAGAGUAAGGACGGGGGGAAAAUUGCAGAUUUAGUACUGCUGAAAUCAUUAGAUCGUGAAAGGGAACAGUCUUUCCAAUUGACCCUUGAAGCUAUAGAUGGUGGAGAACAAAGAAAAACUGGUAACGCCCAAAUACAGAUUAAUGUCACUGAUGUUAAUGACAAUUUCCCUGUCUUCUCUCAAGAACUUUACAAGACAACUUUGAGGGAAAAUGUUCCUCUUGGUUCAUUUGUGCUCCAAAUUGUGGCCUAUGAUGAUGAUGAAGGUGCAAAUGCCCAGAUCAUGUACCAAUUCAGGAACAUACCAAUGAAUGGCCACCAGAAAUUCAGCUUGGAUCCAGUCAAUGGCACAGUAACUCUAAAAGGGCCGUUGGACUUUGAAGAAACAAGAGAAUAUACCAUGACCAUAGCAGCAAAAGAUGGAGGAGGAUUAGUGACACACUGCAACAUUGAAAUAAGGGUUCUUGAUGAGAAUGACAACUCCCCAGAGGUGACCCUGGUUUCCUUGUUCAGCCCAGUUCCAGAGGAUUCAUUACCAGGAAUUUUAAUAGCUCUGAUCAAUGUAAAUGACAAAGAUACAGGUGAUAAUGGAAAGGUUACUUGCAGUUUACAAGAUCAUUUGCCAUUCAAGAUUCUGGCUUCUUCUAAUAAUUACUACAAGCUCCAAACUGACAGUCCCUUAGACCGAGAAAAAAAUUCUGAAUAUAAUAUUACAAUCAGUGCUACUGACCAAGGGACACCUCCACUCUCCACACAUAAAACCAUCUCACUACUUGUUUCAGAUAUCAAUGACAAUGCCCCUUCUUUUGAGAAAUCUUCCUACACCAUCUAUGUGCCAGAAAACAAUCCUUCAGGAGCUUCAAUAUUCACUGUCAAAGCCUUGGACCCAGACGUGGAUCAAAACUCACGAAUCACAUAUUCCAUCCUCCACAGUAACAUCAAGGAGCUCCCCAUCUCUUCAUAUAUUUCCAUUAACUCUGAGACGGGAGCUCUCUAUGCCCAGAGGUCCUUUGACUAUGAACAGUUCAGAGAGUUCCAGCUUCAAGUGAAGGCCCAAGAUGGUGGUUCUCCCCCUCUCAGCAGCAAUGUCACCGUGAGGGUGUUCAUUCUGGAUCGGAAUGACAACAGCCCCCGGAUCCUGUCCCCUUCACAAGAAGCCAAGGGGUCAGCCCUGUUUGAGAUGGUACCUCGUUCAUCUGAGGCAGGAUAUCUGGUAACAAAGGUGGUGGCCGUGGAUGCUGAUUCUGGACACAACGCCUGGCUUUCCUACCAUGUCAUUCAAGCUACUGAACCGGGAUUCUUCACUGUUGGUUCUCACACUGGUGAGAUCAGGACAUCAAGGGCCUUUGUGGAGAAAGAUGCCACAAAACAAAAACUGGUCAUUUUGGUGAAGGAUAAUGGGCAGCUGUCUCUCUCGGCCACCGUGACGCUGAACCUGGUGUUUGCUGAGAACUUCCAGGAGGCCCUUCCAGAAAUGAAAGACCAGUCCAGCAUCCCUGACUAUCAGUCUGAUCUGCAGUUCUACCUGGUGAUGGCCUUGGCUUUGAUGUCAUUCUUGUUCCUUUUGACAGUUAUUCUCGCCAUUUUGAUGAAGCUUCGAAAAUCAGGGAACCCCAAAUUCCUGCAGUGCUUUGCUCCUGUUCCCCAUUCAAAGGCUGGUGCCAUCUUCCCCCCAAACUUUGAAGAUGGGACUUUGCCUUAUUCCUACCAGUUGUGUUUGUCUUCAGAAUCCAGGAAGAAUGAGUUCACUUUUCUGACUCCCAAUAUUCAGAUUACAGACAAUAUUCUUUGCAACAAUACGUCUGGUGUUCCUAUCCUUGGCAAUGAAGAUAACACCACAGACAAAGGCAAUCCUCCUCUUUCUACACUCAAGACCAUUUCAGUGCAGAUCGCUGACAUCAACGAUAACCCUCCAGCCUUUGAAAAGGCAUCCUAUACUGCCUAUGUGCCAGAAAACAACCCCUCUGGAGCCUCCAUUUUCAGGGUCAAAGCCUCCGACCAAGAUCUGGAACGCAAUGCACAAAUCAUUUACUCCAUCCACAAGAGCAACAUUGAGGACCUGCCUCUCUCUUCUUAUGUCUCCGUUAAUUCUGAGACUGGAAUUAUUUAUGCACAGCGCUCCUUUGACUAUGAGCAAUUCAGGGAGUUCCAGCUUCAAGUGAAGGCCCAAGAUGGAGGUUCUCCUCCUCUCAGCAGCAAUGUCACAGUGAAAGUGUUUAUUGUGGACAAGAAUGACAACAGCCCUCAGAUUCUCUACCCUUCCAAAGGAGUGGAAGGCUCAGCCUUGUUUGAGAUGAUUCCUCGUUCAGCCGAAGCAGAUUAUCUGGUGACCAAGGUGGUAGCAGUGGAUGCUGACUCUGGACACAAUGCCUGGCUCUCCUACCACCUGCUUCAGGCCACUGAGCCAGGGCUCUUCACAAUUGGACACCAUACGGGUGAGAUCAGGACAUCCCGAACUUUUUUGGAAAGAGAUGCUGUGAAGCAGAGACUAAUUGUCUUGGUGAAGGAUAAUGGGCACCCAUCACUAUCUGCUACUGUGACCCUGAACCUGGUGUUUGCUGAGAACUUCCAGGAGGCCCUUCCAGAAAUGAAAAACCAGUCCAGCAGCCCUGAUUAUCAGUCUGAUCUGCAGUUCUACCUGGUGCUGGCCUUGGCUUUGAUCUCAUUCUUGUUCCUCUUGACGGUGAUUCUGGCCAUUCUGAUGAAGCUUCGAAAAUCAGGGAAUCCAAAAUUCCUACAGUGCUUUGGUCCCAUCCCCCAUUCAAACAACGGUAUCAUAUUUCCACCCAACUAUGAAGAGGGGACAUUGCCUUAUUCUUACCAGCUUUGCUUAUCAUCUGAAUCCCGGAUACAGGAAUAUGCCUUUCCAACAACCAGUGUUCAAACAGCAGAGAACAUUUCUUUUCAGAAUCAAUCUGAGGCACUUUUGACAGCCAAUGAGGGAAAUAGCCUCAAUUGUGAGAUGGAUAAAUCCGAUAUGCAAGCACAACCUGUGAACACAGACUGGCGGUUCUCUCAAGCCCAGAGACCAGGCACCAGCGGAUCUCAGAAUGGGGAUGAAAACGGCACUUGGCCAAACAACCAGUUUGAUACGGAAAUGCUUCAAGCCAUGAUCCUGGCAUCAGCCAACGAAGCCGCUGCUGCUGCAGCUGCCAAUCCGGAUGGAAAUUCGACUCUGGGAGGAGGAGCCACUGCAGGCACAAUGGGGCUAAGCACCAGGUAUGGCCCCCAGUUCACCUUGCAGCACGUCCCCGACUACAGGCAAAACGUGUACAUCCCCGGCAGCACAGCCACGCUCUCCAACGCCGCGGGCAAACGCGACGGGAAACCGGCCGCCUCUGGAGGGGGAAACAAGAAGAAGUCGGGGAAGAAAGAGAAGAAGUAGGGGGCACGCACAGGAGGAGACCAGCGCCACCUUAGAUCUGAAGGGCAAAACCGUCCAUCACUCCCCCAAUUCAUAGUCUAGGAUGGAGGAUGAAUGUGAAUUUGUGGAUAAUUUUUUUAA